AUGGCUGAGAAGCGCAAGCUCCCGGCACGCGCCGGUCGUGAGCCUGCGGCCAAGCGACGAGUCUCUGAAGCAGCAACGCCCUCUCAAAAGAAAAAGGCGUCAACUCCUCGUGUACCAUCUCCAGCACCGCCCCCGCCUCCGCCUGAGCCAGUAGAGGCGCCAUUGCCGAUAUCGAUUAAAGAUAGCGAGUCUGUGCCAGUCUUGCGCGAGCGACAACCCGCCACGCUAUCGGACGAGGAAUACCAGUCGUACGCGGAAAGUGCGGUUCUGCUUGCGGCCCUGGAGCGAUCGAAGAAGAAGUGGCUCAGCGAUGGUAUCCUAGUUCGAUACUACACGAAGCCGAAGAAGACGAAGCGUGAACAGAUCGAGAAGAACAACCCGCCCAAAGAUUCGAUGACGAGAGUUGGUCCUUGCGACGUUACCAUUGGACCUCACCUUUUCGAUGCGAUGAUAUAUACCGUGAAAGAUCCCAACGCGCCGCCAGCGAUCCAAUAUGCUCCUCCGCAGAAACAGAUGGUCCACUACGGCCACCCCAACAACUUCCAACAAUACCAGCCGUAUCCAGGUAAUCAGAAAAGACCCCCCUACCCUCCUACGCCUCAGGGGCGCCCUCCACAUGGAUACCCAGGUACUCAUGCACCACCCUCUCAACAUCGUGGUCCGAACCAGGCGCAACCUCAACCGGGCCAGAGGCCACCACAACCAGCUGGACAGCCCGCAAAGCCCAGCCCUGAUCCAGUCAUCCAGAUGCUUGCGACCAGAGCUGCCGCUGAUCCAGAAUUGAAAGCUCUUAUGAGGGUGGUUGCUUCCAGUCAAGCAUCACAAGAGCAGCUUCGUGCUUUCCAGGCUCAUAUCGACGAGCUAAAUGCGAUCAUCAAGGCAAGGGAACAGGAACGCCUGAGAAAUGCUGCUGCUGCAUCUAAACAGUCGCCAGCAGCUUCCCAGCCAGCGACGCCUGCGCCGCCCGCGCCACAACCUAGACCAGCCUCCCCACAGGUCGUCAUUGACCAAAGGCAAAGCUCGGUUACGAAUACCCCGUCUCAAGGACAGGGUAGUACAUCCCAGCCCGUGCCUCCGACGCAAACACUAUCCAAAGAAACUCACCCCCAGCCCGUUUCAAACUCAAAGGCACCACCACCGCCAACAACAGCAUCAACGAAAGCGCCUGUCACAGGGCCACCUCAGCCUGUACCUCAACCUCAGACCCCAGCGCCGUCUCAACCAACUUCAUUACAAGCACCCAGCUCCAGCCAGACCUCUGCCACCACACCAGCAGUAAAGCAAGAGCCAGGGACACCGGGACCAACCAUCCCGCAAGCGACCCGGUCGAGCUCGGCACAACCAGCAGUCUCAGCUCCAUCCGCAACUCCUGGUCCUGUUAGCACUCCGACCCCCAACGCCGCAUCCCAGGUGCAGAGUCCUGCAGUGCAACCGCCUCAGAGCGCCAACAAUAUCCAACAGCAGGUGCCACGGCCGGGCCCCCCUUAUCCUCCAUAUCAGCAGCAAGCGUCGUAUGGGACACAGCCUGCUGGCCAUUCGCGUCCACCACAAUACGGCUCUCCCACGCCCUAUUAUCGUCCCCAAGCGCCACCGGCGCGGACUACGCCCACGCCAUUGAACUACAAGUCUGUCGUCUUCGAGUUUACCUCUCCAUUGACGCCAUACGGAAGUAGCACAUCUGGCCACGCUGGUUCAGGUGAUCGCUACCUGUUCCCCGAGCACUCGAUCCUGGAAUGGCUUCCGAACGAAAAUACCAUCCUCGCCUCGUUCCUUAUCGUGAAGAAGGUAGACCCAAACACGCCAUUCCCAAUCGAAACUGCACCCGACGCCGGAACAGGACGCACAAAGGGCAAAGGUGCCUCAAAAUCGAAAAAGGGAGCCAAGGCAGAGAAAGCCGCAGAGACGCCGGCACCUGCCGAUGCCCCUCCAAAGCAAGAGCCUUCUGAUAAUAAAGCGGAUGUCAAAGAAGGUCAAUCAGAAACACCUAGCACGCCCAGUGGAAAACCUAGCAGCGACGCAAAUCUGAAAGAGUACUGGCAGCCAGUCACCUUCCGCAUUCACGCGGCAAAUCCUCGGAUCCUGGAACCUCUCACUCGUGUCGUCAAGCCGGCUGAUGAAGUCCGCAAGUACAUGAACGAAAUCAUGGACCGAGCUGAGCGUGCACCGGAUGGUUUCCCUGCGUUCCGGCUUCCCUAUGAAGAUGCUCGCGAGGCUUUCGAGACGGAAAGUACGCCAGUGUCUACAGUGGCAACUGGUGCUUCUUCGCGUAUUCGUCCCUCGAAGGCGGUGGUAAAGCCGCUUGAGGAAGAAUCUGAGGUUGAGAAGGAUGUGGUGGAGGUUGAAGAGGAAGAAGACUUGAUGGAUUUCUAUGGUGCGCCGAUGGGUAUGCCGCCCUUGCGUGUUUGA